UGGCUUCUCUACCGGGCGGCGCCACACCGCUUCCGGUCAGCUGAGCUCGCGGUUCCGGCGGGGUCUGUGGCGCGAUGCGGAUCGAGAAGUGCUACUUCUGCUCGGGGCCCAUCUACCCUGGCCACGGCGUCAUGUUCGUGCGCAACGACUGCAAGAUAUUUAGAUUCUGCAAAUCAAAAUGCCACAGAAACUUUAAAAAGAAGCGAAAUCCCAGAAAGAUGAGGUGGACCAAAGCAUUCCGGAAAGCAGCUGGCAAAGAACUGACAGUGGAUAAUUCGUUUGAGUUUGAAAAACGUAGGAAUGAACCAGUGAAAUACCAGAGAGAGUUAUGGAACAAGACUGUUGAUGCAAUGAAGAGAGUGGAGGAAAUAAAGCAAAAGCGCCAAGCUAGAUUUAUUAUGAAUAGAUUAAAGAAGAGCAAAGAGUUGCAGAAGGCAGAAGACAUCAAAGAAGUCAAACAGAAUAUCCACCUUCUUCGUGCUCCACAUGCAGGCACACCAAAACAGCUGGAGGACAAAAUGGUGCAGAAGCUACAAGAGGAUGUGGCUAUGGAAGAAGACUCUUAAAAGACUUUUAUUUUCUAUUUAUAUCUCUAUAGCAGUUAACAGCUCCUUAUUGCCUCUCAUGGUAUCAUUCAGAGCUAUCCUUCUGGUUGCAGAAAAAUACAUUUUAAUGACUAGUUGGAAUUUACAGUUUGGUUUUAUAAAAAAAAAUUGUAAGAUGGAUUCUGUUUUGGGCAGUGCUUGCAGUUCUGUAACUUGAGAACAUGUCAGCAGGAUGGAGAGUAAGGCGCAUUGUUUGAGAUACUCCUCAGAAAGUUACACUUUCUGCAUAACUUUUCCCUGAUAAUUCCAGGAAUAAAAGAUGUUGGCCCUGAGCUUUUAGUA